AUGCUUCACGGAGGUGCCCAGCUGACCUUGGCUCAUACGCGCCAGCAGCGAGUAAUACGGAAAUGUGUUCGCUGCUUUUGCGCCAACCCAACCAUCUCGUCGCAGCUCAUGGGAGACCUGCCUCUUCACCGAGUGAACUCGCCACAGAGGCCUUUCGUCACGACAGGAGUGGAUUAUACCGGAGGCAUUGAGCUCAGAGCGGCGCGGAUUCGGGGGUCGAACACCUACAAGGGCUACAUUGCAGUGUUCAUCUGUCUUGCAACAAAAGCUGUUCAUUUGGAGCUGGUGACCGGGCUCACUACGGAGCACUUCCUGCUGUCCUUCGACCGUUUUACUGGGCGUCGAGGGAUGACCGUCUACUUAAAGGUUUGGCAUCCGCCUCAGUCGCCUAACUUUGGGGGACUUUGGGUGGCCAACGUCAAGUCGGUCAAGCACCACCUCAAGCGCGUGAUCGCGGAUCGGAAACUUACCUACGAGGAGAUGUCCUCGGUGCUAAUCAGCAUAGAAGCGUGCCUUAACUCAAGGCCGCUUUUCCCGCUCACAGCGGACGCGGACGAUUUAGAAGUGCUCACUACGGCCCACUUCCUAAUCGGCGACUCCACGCUUGCGCCUCCGGAAUACCGACCAGCUUCUGCUAAGUUCAGGGAGCACUUCCUGCUUCAGGAAUCAAUGUUGCGACAUUUUUGGGACGGCUGGAGUAGGGAUUGGCUUAGCCAUUUGCAGCAGCGUUCAAAAUGGUCUCAAAAUUCAGAAAACUUAAAGUUGGAUGAACUUGUACUCGUCAAGGACGAUAGAUUUCCCCCAUCACAGUGGCUGCUCGGAAGGAUUGUGGAGCUUCACCCGGGUUAG